AUGUUCCGCAUCUUUAACUAUCCCCAACCUCAACCUCAUCUCUCAACCUCACCACCAACCCACCACAAUCCUAGUCCAAUCCCCGACAUCCGGGUCGAAAUCCCCUCAGAGCGUACUAAAAACCCCCCUUCCCCAAUUCCUACUCAAACCAAUCAACUAAUCAAACCCAGGCCUCCCUGGUAUCACCUACGACGACCUCCCCCUCCUCGGCGCACGCCCCAGCUCUUCAAUGCUCGAGUACCAUCAACUGCCCGCCCUCAGACACUUAGACUGGCGCAUCGACGACGAAACCGGCGAGCCCCUCCGCCGCCCGCUCAAGGACGUCGUAUCAUUGACUGCGGCGUUCGCGCAGACUCGGGGAUGCGAGCCGUUGGAGCCCUUGAAGAACCUGAGACACCGAGUCGGGUGAAGGAUGAGAUUGAGAGUGAAGGCGGAGCUGGAGCAGGACCUAUGACUCCGCCGCCGUUUGGUUCCAGAAGGUAUUUGACUGCUGUGCCUGUUGCUGCCGCUGCUGGUCGUGGUCGCGGUCGUGGUGGUAGUCGGAGACGAGGGAGCAGAUUUACUCGGCAGAGGCCGUAUAAUCUGAGACCGAGGAUUGCGACACUGACUCCUAGCAGAAGCGACAUGGGCUAUAACAGUCAUUUAGAGCGUGGUUCGGAGCGGCGAAUCAAAUCAGAAAAAAGCGAUCUGCUCACCUCCUCACCCGGUACUUCUCGUCUUGAUGGGAGUAUUCUUCCCUUUCCGCUGGGACCAGAGACGAUUGAUGACUUGCCGUUCCUGAGACAGGCUGUUACAGAGAUGGAGAUGCAUUUGGGGAUUUUGAGGAGGAGGGUGAGGCAGUUAGAGGAUCGGGAGAGAGUGAGGAAUAAUAGUAUUGAUCCAUGGGAGUUGGUGUGA